UUUCAUAUCACUAUAAAAACAGCAAUGUCCGAUACAUCUCCAAAGUGGGCAAUAAGCAAAGGAAAAUGAAGUCUGUUUCCAUCUUCCUUGUGCUGUUUGUCUUCUUCCUCGUCGUUCUUGAGGCGCCGGAGAAGAUAGAAGCAAAAGACAAGUUCAUAUGUGUGGUUGAGUACGGCGGAGACGUGGGUCCCACGUUCUGUAACCCUAAGUUCUUCCCCACGUUGUGCCGUCAAAACUGCCGGAGCUUCAAAGGUGCAAAAGGCGGUAAAUGCGUGAAGCAACCCAAACACAAAACUAUCAAAUGCUUCUGCGACUACUGUAAAGACGACUAGACUCUACAAGAAAAGUAUCAAACCGCUGGUUUCAGCUUCAAUCGCCAAACGCAACCGCCCCUACCCGCCCUAAGUGUUUGUACUUCCAUAUGAUAUAAAUUUAUGUAUGUGCUUGAUGUAAUAUUGCCUAACAUUUUCAUAUAUUGUCGACAUAAUUUGUUAUGUUUUCAU